GUACUGGAGGGCGCAGUACACUGCACUUUCAUAAUGGAACCCGAAGAUCAAAAACCACUCACUAUUUACUUGGUCUCCUCCACGGACUCGCCCGAGUUCACUCACCUGAGUUGGGCACUGAGUCGUUCCUCGGUCAUCGCACUGGACGCCGAGUGGAAGCCCAUCCGAGGCCGCAACUCCACCUUCCCUUCCGUCUCGCUCCUCCAAAUCGCUUGCCGACUCGCCGGCGACGAUUCGACUCACCAGCAGGACGAGUCGCUUGUGUUUCUACUCGACCUGUUAGCGAUUCAUCUACCUUCAGUCUACGAGCUGUUGAGGGACGUGUUUGUCUCGCCUAAUAUACUGAAACUAGGGUUUCGAUUCAAGCAAGAUCUUGUGUAUUUGUCUUCUACUUUCUGCUCUCAAGGCUGCGAUCCUGGCUUCGAUCGGGUGGAACCCUUUUUAGACAUUACAAGCAUAUACAAUUUUCUACAACAGAAACCACCGGGAAGAAAGAUACCAAAGGAAACAAAGAGCUUGGCAACUAUUUGUGAGGAAGUGUUGGGCAUUUUUCUUUCAAAGGAUCUUCAAUGUAGUGAUUGGUCACUUCGUCCUCUUACAGAAGAUCAAAAAACAUAUGCAGCAGCAGAUGCACAAUGUUUGCUUGAAAUAUUUAAUGUCUUCCAGGUCAAAGUUAUAAAAGAAGGGAAAUCUUUUCACAACAACAGUAAACUCCAUUUCUCUAAUUUGGAUCAUGGGUUGAAAGAGAUUUUUGAGAAGCCUAGUAGUUGUAACCAAAUUUUGAGAACCAAAUUUGGUGAUGCUUUGGAGAUAGUCCGAGCUACUACUACUUCUGAAUUUUCCCUAAGAAUUCCAAUUGUGGAUGGAGUUGUUUCCAGGGUGUCAUGCAUGUAUACCAUACCCAUGGAUGAUUCUCUCUUUCAGAUCAUUAGGAAAUAUGGUGAUAAAAUUAUACUAAAGGAUUCUGACAGAAAGCCUAAAACAUCCAAAAAGAAAGGGAAAAGACAAUCAUCUGUGGGGUUGAUAUGCAAAGAAAAGCGAUUGGAGAAUGUUGACGAUUGGCAAGGGCCCCCACCAUGGGAUUUGUCAUUGGGUGGUGAUGGAUGCCCAAAGUUUUUAUGCGAUGUGAUGGUUGAAGGCUUGGCAAAACAUUUACGAUGUGUUGGACUCAAUGCUGCAGUUCCAAAUGUAAAAAAGCCUCAAACAAGGGAUUUAAUCGACCAAGCACAGAAAGAGAAGAGGGUGCUCCUCACACGAGAUGCCAAGCUUCUGAGACAUGAAUAUCUGAUAAAAAAUCAAAUAUAUAGGGUGAAGAGUCUUCUAAAAAAUGAACAGCUACUUGAGGUAAUUGAAACUUUCCAACUGAAAAUUUGUGAGGAUCAGCUAAUGUCGAGGUGCACGAAAUGCAAUGGGAGAUUCAUUCAAAAACCACUAACAACUGAUGAGGCUGUUGAAGCAGCAAAGGGAUUCCAAGUGAUUCCCAACUGUUUAUUUGACAAGAAUUUAGAGUUUUGGCAGUGCAUGGACUGCAACCAACUUUACUGGGAGGGAACCCAAUAUCACAAUGCAGUGCAAAAAUUCAUCGAUGUAUGUAAGCUGAAGGAGUGAGUUGAAGGCCAAAAUGAUUUAUGGUAGUAGUCAAGCAGCAUCAUGCUUCUUAUGGGAAGUUUUACCCUUUUCAACUUCGGUUUUUAUACUGCAUUUGUUUCUUUUGAAGAAUUAUUUUCAGUUUAUUUACCAUAGUGGCUCAUCUGCAACAAGUGAAGGGCAAGCCACCCUUUUUUAUUGUUUUUUGACAAUGAUGUAUAUUCGAUAUUAUCAAUGGUGUUCAACAUCCUUUGCUGUUGAAAUCAUAUUUCGGACUCGUCUGUCUAUAAAGAUAACUGAGGGUAGAAUUAUUCUCUGUGCUUCUUGUUUA